UUUUGUUUUCUUUUACAAGCUCAGAAGAGAGAGAGAGCCACUGCAUGUUCAUCUGUUCAAUCUCACUUUCUCCUUAAACCCAUAAAACAAAAUGUCUCUCAAAUAAUUUUUUUUUUUCAAAUUUUUGUUCACAAAGUAACAAAAUUGAUUGAGAUGAAGUCGAAUAAUCAAAAAGAUUCAUCAGAGAAAUUAAUGUUGGAUCGGAUAUUAUCUGGAUCGGGUUCACCGACCCGACCCGGAUCGAAACUCAUGGUCUUGCUCCUCCUCCUCGUCUCAGCAACUUACGUCGUCUACACUCUUCAGCUCAUCUCCAACUCACGUGCCUGUCACGUUGAGCCUUUCUCCGCCGUUGUUCGCCGCUUGAACGAUAUAGUGAACUCACCUCAGCCGUUGAUUCUCUUCCAGACAAAUCAAUCAACAGUAAUCGAAUCUCACAACUCUUCACCACCUCCUCCUCCUCCGCCGGAAACAGAGCUCCAGCACGUGGUUUUCGGAAUCGCCGCGUCGGCGAGGCUAUGGAAACAGAGGAAAGAGUAUAUCAAGAUCUGGUACAAACCAGACAGAAUGCGUGGUUAUGUCUGGUUAGAGAAGCCGGUUAAGAAACUCGUCGAAGAUAACGAGACUAACCUCCCGCCGGUGAGAAUCUCCGCCGACACCUCGAAGUUUCCGUAUAAAAACAAACAGGGACACAGAUCGGCGAUUCGAAUCUCGAGGAUCGUGACGGAGACGCUCAAGCUAGGACUCAAAGACGUGAGGUGGUUCGUGAUGGGAGACGACGAUACAGUCUUCGUCGCCGAGAAUCUGAUCAGAGUGUUGAGGAAAUACGAUCAUAAUCAGAUGUAUUACAUCGGAAGUUUGUCGGAAAGUCAUCUUCAGAACAUUUACUUCUCUUACGGAAUGGCUUAUGGGGGUGGAGGAUUCGCUGUGAGUUAUCCUUUGGCGGUGGCGCUGAGCAAAAUGCAGGAUCGUUGCAUAAAAAGAUAUCCGGCGUUGUACGGUUCAGAUGAUCGGAUGCAAGCUUGCAUGGCUGAACUCGGUGUUCCACUCACUAAAGAACUCGGAUUUCACCAGUACGAUGUGUAUGGCAAUCUAUUCGGUCUACUAGCGGCGCACCCGGUGGCUCCAUUGGUAACACUUCACCAUCUCGAUGUGGUCGAACCGAUAUUUCCAAACAUGACUCGUGUAGAUGCCUUGAAGCGUCUACAAGGGCCGGCAUUGCUAGACUCUGCCGGACUUAUGCAACAGUCGAUAUGCUACGACAAACGUCGGAAGUGGACCGUCUCAGUCUCUUGGGGAUAUGCGGUUCAGAUCUUCCGCGGAGUCUUUUCCGCUAGAGAGAUGGAAAUGCCUUCAAGAACCUUCUUAAAUUGGUAUCGACGGGCGGAUUACACGGCCUACGCUUUUAAUACACGACCGGUGAGUCGUCAUCCGUGCCAGAAACCGUUUGUGUUCUAUAUGACAGCGACGGGAGUUCAUCCGAUAACAAAUAUGACGGUCAGCCGUUACGAAAGCCACCGUGUCGCUCAGCCGGAGUGUCGGUGGAAGAUGGCUAAUCCUGGCGAUCUUAGGACGGUCAUUGUAUAUAAGAAAUCGGACCCUCACCUUUGGGACAGAUCUCCGAGAAGAAAUUGUUGCAGGGUGAAAUCAAAGAAGAAUAAUACUUUAGAGAUUAGUGUUGCAGUUUGCAAGGAAGGUGAAGUGGUUGAAGUUAUGUAAUAAUGUUUCAUGUUUAAGAACUUAAAUUUUGCUCUCAUUCAGUUAUACAUAUUAUUAGUUGAUUACCUAUUAAUUAAAUUGGUUUGAAUUUGCAAGUAAUUAAAUUCAUGACUUGUUACUUGUCUCGACCAUGAAAAGUACUUGCGUGUGCUGGACAAAUACGAGACGGGUAACAAGUACAAGCUGGUAACGGGUAUUUGUGCUCAACCUUACAAACCAUUGUUAUUUGUCUUUUUUUCUUUUUUUUUUUUUUUUUGUCAAAAAUUUGUUAUUUGUCUUUA